AGUUGGGGCUCAAGCACGCAUCGAAGAGCACGCGAAGCUUUGUCACGGCCCAUAGUAUGCCAUAGGCCCCAAAUCUCAAGAUUCAAGAUUCAAUCUGCCAACCACUCUCACUGAGCACUAAUCAAAUAGCCUGCUGGUUGGUUGGCACCUUGCGGUGAAAGGAAGACCCAAACGGGGCACAAGUCCUCGACAUGGCACCUACUGUCAACGGAGCCUAUCGAGGCCGCUAUGCGCCUGGCAGGACGAUGUUUCCUAUGAAGGCCUUCAACGAGGCAGAGGCCACAUUUGCGAAGUCAUUGACCAAAAUGAAGCAGGAAGCACCUGACACACCGGAUUUGCUCUAUGCUUUAGAAGAAGGCCCAGAAGAACGGAGCUGGGCACUGCAGCUGCUCUCUGCCAUUGUGGAGUCACAGCCAGAUAUUGGCCGGCAGCUAAUGCCGCAAGUGCUUGCAGCGUUGGAGGAUGAUGCUGCCAGUGUGCAGCUUGCUGCCAUUGACGUGCUGGCCAAGCUUAAGGCAACAGAGCAUUUGCCUCAAAUUUUGGAUUUCUUGGCAGAUCCAAAUGCACAGCUUCGCAGUGCCAGUGCUGAAUGCAUGGGAAACAUGGAUGCCUGGCACCUGGCAGAGGAACUGCGGCCUAGCCUAGCAGAUAGCGAUGGGAACGUUGUGAAAUCAGCCUUGAAAGCUGCCAGAUCUUGGGGAGAAAAUGGCCAAAUGCUGGCCAGCGCAGUUGUUCGGUGCUUGGAUCACGCGAAUGCAGGAGCGCGCUGCGAGGCGGUGCAGGUUCUUACCUCUUGCGCUGAAGCUAGUGAACGUUUUGCAGGGAAAGUUGCCAAAUUGCUUGCCAACCCGGAUUUGCAGACCAGAGAGGCAGCUGUGGCCUUCUUUGCUGCCUUAGGUCCUCGGGGUACGCGGCGUGCCCUUGCGGAGACACAGAAGCUGCUGAAAGAUCCAAUUGGACAAUGUGCUGCUGCCAUGGCUUUAGGACACAUGAAGGCGCUGAAUUGUGCCGCAGAGGUGGCCUCCUUGUUGACUCCUGGACAAGACAGUGCGCUGGCAUUGGCUGCCACUGGCCUCGAGCCGCGCCUUGGUGUGGAAUUGCGCCGGCCAGAAUGCGCAGCAGCUUUUGCUUUGUCUCUCAUGGGUGAUGAAGGUGGCAAAUAUGCCGACUCGAUUGCUUCUCUGCUUUCUGACAAGCAGCUGCCAACGGAGGCUACAGCCUCGUUGAUCCGUUCUUUGGCCAGCAUGGGAAGCUAUGCUAGUGGUCACAAAGGGAAGCUCCUGAGCUUUUUGGAGCAUCCUCAAAGUCAAUUGCGCGAAGCUGCAUGUUGGGCUUUUGGCGCCUUCGGUGCGCUGCUCCAAGAGGAAGGCAUUGACAUGUUGCUGGCCCUAUUGAAUGACUCUCAGGCAACCGUUCGGCAGAGGGCCGCAAAGGCAUUGGGGCACUUGCAAGAGUCUUCGCUCUACGUGGAUCACUUGGCCGUGUUGUUGGACGAUCCAGUGCCAGCGGUACAGGCACAAGCUUUGGAAUCACUGGCCAGUUGUGGUGAAGAAGCGGAGUCUUAUGCGGCCAUUGUUUGCCGCAUGGCUGUGGAGCAUAGCCGGGAGGGCCACAGCGGUGUCAGGUGCUCUGCACUGAAGACCUUGGGCAACAUGAGAGCUGCAGACUUUGCAGAGGAAGUGGCUGGCUGCUUUGAGGACAGUGAUCCCUUGGUGCGGGCUGCUGCGGCAGAGGCCCUGGCUCACUUUGGUGCGGAAGGGAAAGAGUUUCUUAUGCAGGUGGAGUUGCUUCGAAGUGAUCCGCAUGAAGCAGUGAGAAGGGCAGCAGAUGAAUGUGCAUUAGCAUUGGAUGCCUAGGGCCCUAGGGCCUAGGGGUUGCAGAACUACGAAACUAUUUGCACGUUCGUUGUGGACGGACUUUGCUUUCGUUUUUGCUGGCCCCGGCCGGACUCUCUUCCUUUUUACUGCUUAGUCCUGUAGACCUUUCGCAGCAGACUC